UCUCACCAGUUUGUUCAGGCUGAGGUGAGGUCGGCUAUCUGCGGACAUCUGCACCAGGAGAAACAAAGAAAUUCGGUUCGACUUGAUGAAUCUGUUUCAUUCAACAAAGGUCCAAAACAGACAGAUGUUAUAAGCUAAGAUCAAGAUACAGAGAGAAAGAAAAACAUGAGUAAAAGGAAAUGGAGAGGGCAUAUCACCAGCGAGACAGAGGAUGAUGAGGAGGAAGAUCAAGCAGGACCUUCUUCUCAAGUCAAACUCAGUCAGAAGAAACAGAAACUCCAGAGAUCCAUGACUCACGUGAUGGACUCUGAUCCAGAUGGGAAGAAGAAGAGGAGCAGAGACUCCAAAGGGCGUGUGUCCUCAUCUGGCUCUGACAGAUGGACACCAGAACAGGUAGAGGUCCAUGAGAAAUUCCGGUCUGCACUGAAGAGCAAGUUUCAGCAUCUGAAUGAGGGAGUACCUAAUCAGGGAGAAUCCAGACUCCUCCAGGAGAUCUACACAGAGCUCUUCCUAACAAAGGGAGGAGGAGGGGUCAAUGAGGAACAUGAGGUCAGACAGAUCGAGAGAGCAUCUAUUACAAACGCAUCUUGGGGAGAAUCAGCACAAGACAGACCAAUCAAAUGCAGUGACAUCUUUAAAACUUUAUUGGAUGAUGAUGAUGAUGAUGAUGAUGAUGAUGAUGAUGAUGAUGAUGAUGUGUCUUAUAUGUCUGAUAAUACAUCUGAUGAGUCUGAUGAUACAUUUGAUCAAUGUGAUGAUGCGUCUGAUGAAUCUGAUCACAGACAACACAAACCCAUCAGAACAGUGCUGACAAAGGGAGUGGCGGGCAUUGGGAAAACAGUCUCUGUGCAGAAGUUCUGCCUGGACUGGGCUGAAGGACAAACCAAUCAGGAUGUCCACUUCAUAUUUCCUCUUCCUUUCCGAGAGUUGAACCUGAUGAAGGACAAGAAACUCAGUCUAAUGGAGCUUCUUCAGCACUUUUUCCCAGAAAUAGAAGAUUCAAAAAUCUUCACCAGUUCAGAGUACAGAGUCAUGUUCAUCUUUGAUGGUCUGGAUGAGUGUCGACUUCCUCUAGAUUUCUAUUCCAACCUUAGAUUAUGUGAUGUGACAGAGCCAGCCUCAGUGGAUGUGCUGCUGACAAACCUCAUCAAGAAGAAUCUGCUUCCCUCUGCUCUCCUCUGGAUCACCACCCGGCCAGCAGCAGCCAGUCAGAUCCCUCCUGAGUGUGUGGACCAGGUGACAGAAAUGAGGGGAUUUGAUGACCCACAGAAAGAGGAUUACUUCAGGAAGAGAAUCAGUGAUGAGAACCUAGCCAGCAGAACCAUUACACACCUGAAGUCAUCCAGGAGCCUCUACAUCAUGUGCCACAUUCCAGUAUUUUGCUGGAUUUCAGCCACGGUGGUAGAGAGAGCAUCAGUUGAAUCAGACAAACUCGAAGUGCCAAGAACUCUCACUCAAAUAUAUACUCGCUUCCUGAUCAUUCAGACUUGCAUCAAAAAAGAAAAGUACACAGAGAGAAAAGAGACAGAUGAAGAGAUGAUUUUCAAACUGGGGAAACUGGCUUUUCAACAGCUGGAGAAGGGCAAUUUGAUCUUCUAUGACGAAGACCUGAGAGAAUGUGGCAUUGAUGUCACAGAAGCAUCAGUGUACUCAGGAGUGUGUACCCAGAUCUUCAGAGAGGAGUCUGGGCUGUACCAGGGCAAGGUGUUCAGCUUUGUGCAUCUGAGCAUUCAAGAGUUUCUUGCAGCUUUGUAUGUGUUCAUAUGCUUCAGAAACAGAGAGGGAAGCAUGUCUGACCAACAGUCAACCUCUCAGCUCUCUGCGCUAUUCAGAGCUGCGACAUUGCAUGACCUACACAAGACUGCAGUGGACCUGGCCUUACAGAGUAAAAAUGGACACCUGGACCUUUUCCUCCGCUUCCUUUUGGGCCUGUCACUGGAGUCCAAUCAGAAUCUCUUAAUGCACCUACUGCCACAGACAGGUAGUCAACCACAGAGCUAUGAGCACACAGUCCAGUAUAUCAAGCAGAAGAUCAGAGAUGAGGAUGAUUCAGACAGACAGAUCAAUCUGUUCUACUGUCUGAAUGAGCUGAAUCAGCAUGCUGUAGUGGAGGUGAUUGACAGGAGCUUGGGAACUCUGUCUGUAGUCACACUCUUACCAGGACAAUGGAAGACUAGUAGAUUUAGGUUUAAGAUUCCAGAGGAGCAGCUGGAUGAGUUUGACCUGCAGAAGUACAUAAAGACACCAGGGACUGAUCAGACUGAACUCCUCAGUCCAGAUGAAGUUCUUCAGAGGCUGGUUCCAGUGGUCACAGCAUCCACAUCAGCUACGCUGAGUAGUUGUUCCCUCACAGAGAAGAGCUGUGCUGUGAUAGCGUCAGCUGCCAGUUCAAAGUCCUGCAAUUUGAAGGAGCUGAACCUGAGUGACAAUGAGCUUCAUGAUGCAGGAGUUCAGCAUCUCUCAGAGCUCCUGAAGAAUCCCCACUGCAAACUGGAAAAACUAGAGCUGCAGUAUUGUUCCCUCACAGAGAAGAGCUGUGCUGUGAUAGUGUCAGCUGCCAGAUCAAACUCCUGCUGUUUGAAGGAGCUGAACCUGAGUACCAAUGAUCUUCAUGAUGCAGGAGUUCAGCAUCUCUCAGAGCUCCUCAAGAAUCCCCAAUGCAAACUGGAGAAACUAGAGCUGGAUGGUUGUUCCCUCACAGAGAAGAGCUGUGCUGUUAUAGCGUCAGCUGCCAGAUCAAACUCCUGCAGUUUGAAGGAGCUGCACCUGAGUGACAAUGAGCUUCAUGAUGCAGGAGUUCAGCAUCUCUCAGAGCUCCUCAAGAAUCCCCACUGCAAACUGAAGAAACUGGCGCUGAAUAGUUGUUCCCUCACAGAGAAGAGCUGUGUUGCGAUAGCAUCAGCUGCCAGAUCAAAGUCCUGCAAUUUGAAGGAGCUGAACCUGAGUGACAAUGAGCUUUAUGAUGCAGGAGUUCAGCAUCUCUCAGAGUUCCUCAAGAAUCCCCACUGCAAACUGGAGACGCUAGAGCUGAGUAGUUGUUCCCUCACAGAGAAGAGCUGUGCUGUGAUGGCGUCAGCUGCCAGAUCAAACUCCUACAGUUUGAAGGAGCUGCACCUGAGUUACAAUGAUCUUCAUGAUGCAGGAGUUCAGCAUCUCUCAGAGCUCCUCAAGAAUCCCCAUUGCAAACUGGAGACACUAAAGCUGAGUGGUUGUUCCCUCACAGAGAAGAGCUGUGUUGCGAUAGUGUCAGCUGCCAGAUCAAACUCCUGCAGUUUGAAGGAGCUGAACCUGAGUGACAAUGAACUUCAUGAUGCAGGAGUUCAGCAUCUCUCAGAGCUCCUCAAGAAUCCCCACUGCAAACUGGAGAAACUAGAGCUGAGUGGUUGUUUCCUCACAGAGAAGAGCUGUGCUGCGAUAGCGUCAGCUGCCAGAUCAAUCUCCUGCAGUUUGAAGGAGCUGUACCUGAGUCACAAUGAGCUUCAUGAUGCAGUUCAGCAUCUCUCAGAGCUCCUCAAGAAUCCCCACUGCAAACUGGAGAAACUACAGUUGUGUCAUUGUUCCAUCACAGAGAAGAGCUGUGCUGCGAUAGCAUCAGCUGCCAGUUUAAACUCCUGCAGUUUGAAGGACCUGAACCUGAUGGGCAAUACACUUCAUGAUGCAGGAGUUCAGCAUCUCUCAGAGCUCCUAAAGAAUCCCCACUGCAAACUAGAGAAACUAGAAGUGAAUGGUCGUAUCUUCCUGAAGGAGAGUCCAGCAGCAGCAGCCUCUGCUAGCAGCUCCCAAUCAGAUGAUGCAGAGCUGUACCUCAAUAACAAAGCCCAGCAGAACCCAGGAGCACAGCUGAUCUCUCUGGACACUGGCAUGGAGGAUCACCAUAAUGAUGCCCCACAGAGGAGCUGUGAAUCCUGUGCUCAAGUUCCAGACUCCAGCCACUGGGUCCUGGUGAAACCUGAAGUCUCCACAGAGGAGAGCGUCUCCACCUACAGCCUGAGUUCUCCUGCAGGGAGCUAUGAGUGCCCAGAGUCUGGUCUGCGCUGGACGUGUGCUGGUUCAGUCACCCUGCAGUACCACUUCACUGAUUGGCAUGUCUUUGCUGAAGAGCUGGCCCACAUGCAGUUCGGACCUGCUGGUCCUCUGAUGGACAUCAAGCUCAUGUCAGGAGAGCUGGAGGAGAUCCACCUGCCACAUUUCCUCUGUUUGGGGGGUUCAGAGGCAUAUGUGCGUGAUGCUGUGAGGGUCUUGCAUGGGCGGGAGAGUGGAGUGUGUAUGGAGGUGUUUGAGCUGACCAGACACCAUGCCAGGCUUGUCCAACCCUCCUUCUCUCUGUUUGGGGUGGUGUGUCACCUGAGGGAUCUGUUUUCUCCUAAAGUCCACUGUGAGCUGCUGCUCUUCUGCACCUGCACCGCUCCCCUGGUUCUCCACACCUACCUGGUGCCCAACGACCCAGCUCACAUCCAGGCCAUCCACCUGGCGGAGAAUCGAAAUGGUGUGAGAAUCCGCAUGUCCGCUGUUGGACCACUCUGGCUGAAUGACAGCGUCCAUGUGAGGACAUCGUGUCCAUCGGAGAUCCAUCCUACGGAGAUGAACCUGUUGCCGCUCUCCACUGGUAACUUCUGUGAGGUGGUCAUGGAGCAGCCAGAGGAGGAGUUUGAUAUGGAGGUCAUCAGCUCUCAGCACACAGAGCCCAUCUGGAGAUCCAAGAUCCGCAGACGCGACUACUGGCAGCCCAGCAGGAUCCCAGGACAGGGCAGCAGCCAGGAGACUGACACAGAGCGGCUGUUCCAGAUGCGGCCCGGCCUCAUCAGUGGAGUGUCCAGCGGUGUCCUGAGGAGCAUGCUGGACCGACUCCAGGCCCACAGGCCUCCUGUGCUGAACGGCAGGGAGGCUGAAGAGGUCCUGCAGAGGAGCCAGGUGCUGCAGGACCAGGUGAGCUGCCUGGUGGACAUGGUGCACAGGAAGGGAGAUACAGCAUGCAGCACCAUGCUGGCCCUGCUGGAGGAACUGGACCCCCACCUUUAUGGAGCGCUCAUUCAAAUGGGUUUAGGUCGUACCUUCCUAGAGGAGAGUCCAGCAGCAGCAGCAGCAGCCUCUGCUAGCAGCUCCCACUCAGAUGCUGAAGAGCUGCACCUCAGAGACCAAGUCCAGCAGGACCCAGGAGAACAGCUGCCCUCUCUGGACACUCACACAUGGACACCAACACAGGUCCAUGAGAAAUUCCGAUCUGCACUGAAGAGCAAGUUUCAGCAUCUGGUUGAGGGAGUACCUAAUCAGGGAGAAACCAGACUCCUCCAUGAGAUCUACUUCACAGCAGAAGAAGGAGGGCUCAAUGAUGAACAUGAGAUCACACAGAUAGAUAGAGCAUCCAGGAGAGAAGCAGCACAAGGCAAACUAAUGACAUGCAGUAACAUCUUUAAACCCUUAUUGGAUGAUGAUCGGUUUAAUGACCCUGAUAUAUCUGAUGAGCCUGAUGAUAUAUCUGAUGAGUCUGAUAAUGCAUCUCAUGAAUCUGAUGAUACUUCUGAUGAGUCUGAUGAUACUUCUGAUGAGUCUGAUACAUCUGAUCAAUAUGAUGAAGCUUCUGAUGAAUCUGAUCACAGACAACACAAACCCAUCAGAACAGUGCUGACAAAGGGAGUGGCUGGCAUUGGGAAAACAGUCUGUGUGCAGAGGUUAUGCCUGGACUGGGCUGGAGGACAAACCCAUCAGGAUGUUGACUUCAUAUUUCCUCUUCCUUUGCGAGAGUUAAACCUGAUGAUGGACAAGCAACUUAGUCUGAUGGAGCUUAUUCAACACUUUUUUCCAGAAAUAAAAGAUUAUGAAAUCUUUGCCAGCUCAAAGCACAAAGUCAUGUUCAUCUUUGAUGGUCUGGAUGAGUGUCGACUUCCUCUAGAUUUCCGUUCCAACCUGAUAUGUUCUGAUGUGACAGAGCCAGCCUCAGUGGAUGUGCUGCUGACAAAUCUCAUCAAGAAGAAUCUGCUUCCCACUGCUCUCCUCUGGAUCACCACUCGACCAGCAGCAGCCAAUCAGAUCCCUCCUGAGUGUGUGGAUCGGAUGACAGAAAUAAGGGGAUUCAGUAAUUCACAGAAAGAAGAAUACUUCAGGAUGAGGAUCAGUGACAAGGAUCUAGCCAGCAGAACCAUCACACACCUGAAGUCAUCCAGGAGCCUCUACAUCAUGUGCCACAUUCCCGUCUUCUGCUGGACUUUAGCCACAGUGGUAGAGAGAGCAUCAGCUGUAUCAGACACGCUAGAAAUGCCAAGAACUCUCACUCAAAUGUACUCUCACUUCCUGAUCAUACAGACUUGCCUCAAAGCACAGAAGUACAGAAAAGAGACGAUUUUCAAACUGGGGAAACUGGCUUUCCAACAGCUGGAGAAGGGCAAUCUGAUCUUCUAUGACGAAGACUUGAGAGAAUGUGGCAUUGAUGUCACAGAAGCAUCAGUGUACUCAGGAGUGUGUACUCAGAUCUUCAGAGAGGAGUCUGGGCUGUACCAGGGGAAGGUGUUCAGCUUUGCGCAUCUGAGCAUUCAAGAGUUUCUUGCAGCUUUAUAUGUGUUCCUCUGCUUCAGAAACAGAGAGGAACCUCAAACCUCUCAGUCUCAGCUCUCUGUUUUGUUCAGGGCUGCUACACUGCAUGAGCUACACAAGACUGCAGUGGACCUGACCUUACAGAGUGAGAACGGACAUCUGGACUUUUUCCUCCGCUUCCUUUUGGGUCUCUCAUUGGAGUCCAAUCAGAAUCUCUUAAAGCACCUACUGACCCAGACAAGAAGCCAACCACAGAACUUGGAGCAAACAGUCCAGUAUAUCAAACAGAAGAUUAGAGCACUGCAUAAUUACUACAGAAUAAACAACUUGUUCUGUUGUCUGAAUGAGCUGAAUCACCAUGCUGUAGUGGAGGUCAUUGACAUGAGCUCAGGAACUCUGUAUGUGGACAUGCUCAUGCCAGGAGAAUGGAAGGCUAAGAGAUUAAUGUUUAAGGUCCCAGAAAAGGAGCUAGUUGAGUUUGACCUGAAUAAGUACAUAAAGACGCCAGAGACUGAUCAGACUGAACUCCUCUGUCCAGAUACAAUUCUGAAGAGGCUUGUGCCAGUGAUCACGUCAGCGCUGUUGGCGUCUCAUUCCCUCACAAAGAAGAGCUGUGUUGCAAUAGCGUCAGCUGCCAGAUCAAACUCCUGCAAUUUGAAGGAGCUGGAUCUGAGUUACAAUGAGCUUCAUGAUGCAGGAGUUGAGCAUCUCUCAAAGCUCCUCAAGAAUUCCCACUGUAAACUUGAAAACCUGAAGCUGAGUGGUUGUUUCCUCACAGAGAAGAGCUGUGAUAUGAUAGCGUCAGCUGCCAGAUCAAACUCCUGCAAUUUGAAGAAGCUGAACCUAAGUGACAAUGAGCUUCAUGAUGAAGGAGUUCGGCAUCUCUCAAAACUCCUCAAGAAUCGCAAGUGCAAAUUGGAAAAGCUAGAGCUGAGAGGUUGUUCCCUCACAAAGAAGAGCUGUGCUGCAAUAGAGUCUGCUGUCAGAUCAAACUCCUGCAGUUUGAAGGAGCUGGACCUGAGUUGUAAUGAGCUUCAUGAUGCAGGAGUUCAGCAUCUCUCAGAGCUCCUCAAGAAUCCCCACUACAAACUGGAGAAACUAGUGCUGAGUGGUUGUUCCCUCACAGAAAUUAGCUGUUCUGCAAUAGAGUCUGCUGUCAGAUCAGAAUCCUGCAGUUUGAAGGAGCUGUACCUCAGUUGGAAUGAGCUUCAUGAUACAGGAGUUCAGCAUCUCUCAGAGCUCCUCAAGAAUCCCCACUGCAAACUGGAGAAACUAGAAGUGAAUGGUCAUACCUUCCUAAAGGAGAGUCCAGCAGCAGCCUCUGCUAGCAGGUCCCACUCAGAUGCUGCAGAGCCGAAGGUCCAUGGUGAGCUGCUGCUCUUCAGGGUCCGCGCCGAUUCCCUGAAACUCCAUGCCUACCUGGUGCCAAAUGAGAAACAGGAUCACAUCCAGAAAAUUAUCCAGGAGGAGAAACAAGAGAGUGUGAGGAUCCGUAAACCCGCUGUCUUUGGCCCACUCUGGGUGGAAGACAGCUUUUGUGUGAGGACAUCGGUUCAGUCGAAGAUAAAUCCUAAGGAGUUUAAACUGCUGCCGCUCUCCACUGGUAAAUUCUUUGAGGUGUACUUGAAUGAUGCCGAGAAGGAAUUUGAUAUACACGUCAUCAGCUCUCAGAGCAAAGACCCCAUCUGGACAGUCAAGAUCUACAACAGUGACUACGGCCAGCUCAGCAGGAACCCAGAACAGGGCAGUGGACAGGGGGCAAACACAGUGUCCACUACCAGCACAGAGGAGAUGCCCUCUGGCUCCUCUAGCCCAGUCCAGCCAGCCUCAGGCUCGUCCUCCAUUACGGCUCAUACAGGUGGAGUUGUUGUGGCCCCUAGUCUCUCUGGCAACACCUUCAAUGGACCAGUGCACAUGCUGUUAAAUGCUGAUCAAACUCCACCAAAGUGAACUUCUGAAUGCUGCUAAAACUACCCUUCAUCAUGUUGCUGUCAAUGCCAAUCAAAUAAUUCUCCAGUCUAGUAGCACUCAGGUUUCCUAAUUUCACAUUUUUGAAGACCUGAAUUACAGUAAAUUGGAUGUAAUGUUGCUCAAGGCUUAAAGUGGUCAGGCACAGUGUGGGAAUCCAGGAGUGGACAGGGCCGUUAAGGAUUUUUAACAUGAUAAUUAUACAACAGCUUUGAAAAGGUCUUAUUUGCUUCAGCCACAGCAGUUUUCUUUGUUGUCACAAGUUUUAUAGUAUUUCCCAUUUUUAAAGACGAUUAAAUGAACUGCAAUUUAAAGUUCAUACUCAAGACUUAGCAGAGCUGUUUAAGAUUUGAACUUGAAAAUAAUGUAAAACAUAUUGUAAUAAAUGUAUAAUGUUUUGAUUUUCUUCAG